UGAUUGCAGUGCACUUUUUUUUAAGAAUUGACAAACGCUCACGUAAAAUAUUAUAAAGAAUAAUUAAAUUCAUUCAAUGCACAUUUUUGGGUGCUCAUAUUGUUCAAAUAUUGAUAAAAAAUGGCAGGCUCAGCUCUAAGACGCCUUAUGGCCGAGUACAAGCAACUGACUCUGAACCCCCCAGAAGGUAUCAUUGCUGGUCCAAUAAACGAAGAAAAUUUCUUCGAGUGGGAAGCGUUGAUAACUGGCCCUGAGGGGACAUGUUUUGAGGGCGGUGUUUUCCCAGCUAAACUCAUUUUCCCCCCGGACUAUCCCUUAAGCCCUCCUAAAAUGCAGUUCACCUGCGAAAUGUUUCACCCUAAUAUUUAUGCUGAUGGGCGAGUAUGUAUUUCCAUUUUGCACGCCCCUGGAGAUGACCCUAUGGGCUAUGAGUCAAGUGCUGAGAGAUGGUCUCCUGUACAGAGUGUUGAAAAAAUUCUUCUCUCAGUUGUCAGCAUGCUUGCAGAACCUAAUGAUGAGAGUGGAGCAAAUGUUGAUGCUGCGAAAAUGUGGCGGGAAAAUAGGGAGGAAUUUAACAGAAUAGCGGAGCGGAUUGUAAGGCGAACGCUUGGGAUUCCUACGUGAAUUUUUACAAAUUUUAACUGAGAGUUACGUCUGUUUGUUACAAUUUUAAUAAUUUAUGGGGAUUAAAGUUUAGUUUUAAAGUUCAAGACUAAGGGCCUGGCUUGUUACCGCGCUAAAGUGAGAAAAAAAUUUAUUUCAAUAUAUUAUUUCUGAACAACAGUUAAACCAUAAACUUAGUCUGUUAGGAACCUAAGCUAUUGAAAUAAAUACAGCAGCAUCCAUUCACA